CCACCUUUCACUAACAAAAAUCCCUAAGAAAUAAUUCAACACCAUGUCGCAAAUGUCUUCUACUUCUGUUCAUUAUCCAGAUCCAGUCGCUGGUUUGGAUUUUCCUAAGCAGCUUGAGCUCAAAUAUUUGCAGGUUGUGUUCCGACAUGGUGAGCGUGCGCCCGUAAAAGAAAGGUUAGGAUCAGCAGGUAUUCCUAAGGAUUGGAAGCUUUGUAACAAUGCUAGAAGAUUUUUUGCUCAAAUCAAAGGAGCCAAAGAAUGGUCGGUACUCGGAUAUGAACGAAAAACAGAGACUCCGGUGGAUUCAGCUUUAGCAGCUUCUUCAAAAGAGGAGGCUAAAAGCGGCGUUUGUAUUCAUGGUGAAUUAACAGACAUUGGAAGGAUUACCACUCGUAACCUUGGUGAAUAUCUUCGAGAGCGGUAUAUCAACAAACUCGGAUUUUUACCAGACAAGAUAGAGACUGCCGAUGGGUUUUAUAUGCGCUCUACACCUAUGGCUCGUGCUCUUGAAUCUUUGCAACACGUUUUCGCUGGACUUUAUCCUGAUGAAAAACGCCCGGGUGUCGUGCCUACCAUUUACACCCGUAAUUGGUCGCACGAAAACUUACUUCCAAAUGAAAAUAAUUGCCCCCGCCUUGUUCAAUUGUAUGAAGAAUUUGCUGAAAGAGCGGCCAAAAUAUACGAUCCUCUCCUUGCGGGAAGAGCAUCGGAAAUGAUGAGCCAGUUCAUGAACGGUCAACCUGUUCGUGUUGUCUCCAGUCAUCCUCGUCUUAGUGGUCUUUUGGACACAAUUAAUGCUGCUAUUGGUAAUCGACUUGAUCUUCAUCCUAAUUUAGUUGAUGAACAGUGGUUGCGUGAUGCUGGGAACGCAGUUACUGAAGAAUGGUUUGGAGGAUAUAAAGUGUCAAAGUUAAUGCGUCAACUUGGCGCAGGAAGUCUUUUAAAUGACCUAUACAUGCGAAUGGAAUCUCAAGUCAAGGCUGAUAAACGUGGUGCUCCUUCGGACCGUUUGGCUCUGUAUGGAGCUCAUGAUGUAACCUUAGCUGCAAUCCUUGCUUCACUUGAUGCUUUUGAUUACCAAUGGCCUCCUUUUACUUCUCAUCUUGAAUUAGAGCUAUUUAAAGAUACAUCUAAAGAAUCUUCCCCAAAAGCCAUUGCUGGAAACCCCGAAAGUCCUGCUGACUCUAGUAAGCAAGUCGUUCUUUCAAAAGAAAACGCUGCUUCGACUCUUCCUUCAGAUGAUUCAUCUGAUUGGUAUGUUCGACUUACUUACAACUCCAACCAUGUCGUUAUGGGAGCCUGUCGUGGACAAGGUUAUAAGGGAAAUGAGACCAUUUGUCCUCUAUCAAUUUUCAAGGAUGCUGUCCGUGCCUUGAGGCCCGAAGAUUACCAUUCUUUGUGUAAGCCCGUGAAAAAGUAAAAUUAUGUGAAAACUGUUUCUCAUGCUCUCUUUCAUACUAAAACGUAAAAUAAGGAACCCUCGUUUUCCAUACAUUCUCUGGAACCUGAUCUGAAUAAUUCUUAUUUAUAAUAAAAAUUUCCGCGGUUACGAUACCAAUUUACCAAUACUAUUAAGGUUAUUUUUUUGGUUUACAACGCUUGUAGUCUUUACAAUAUAACAAAAGUUUUCCUUUACAUUUUUGAC